CAAAGUUCCGCCAGCCUUCUUGUCUCGACAACUGCGCACGCAACCCCGACAACGCGAGCCACAUCGAGCGCGGAUUCAACGCAAACAUGGCGGAAAUAUCGUUCAAGGACUCGCCGCUGAGCGAAGUUAAGAUUGAGGCGCUCACGAUCAUGCGAAUCAUCAAACACUCGACUUCCACAUUUCCCACACCCGCGACUGGUUUUCUGGUUGGUCUUGACGACAAGUCGCAACUCCAGGUCACCAACGCCUUUCCAUACCCAGUCGCCGCGCCAGAUCCGUCGAGCACUUCAGACCCAUACCACCAGCAAGAUGCAGCGUCUCUCGCAGCAGCCGCCCCUCGCGCCAAGAGCAAUGUGUCCUACCAGAACGAGAUGAUCAAGUUUCUGCGAGAAGUGAACGUGGAUGCGCAGAGCGUGGGAUGGUACAUUAGCACAAGCAUGGGAAACUUUGUCAACCAGAACUUCAUCGAGAAUCAGAACUUCUUCCAGCGCGCACAAGAUGAGCGAGCCGUUGCCUUGGUCUUCGACGUAUCGCGGAGCAGUCAGGGAAGCUUGAGCCUGAAAGCAUAUCGACUUUCGCCAUCGUUCAUGGCUGCGUUUAAGGAGGGCAAGUUCACAACAGACAGCAUUCAAAAGUCCAACCUCCGCUACCAGGACAUUCUCGUCGAGCUGCCUAUUCAAGUUCAUAAUUCGCAUCUCCUCACUUCUUUCUUGCACCAGCUGCCACAACAACCACCCCAGAAGACGGCGCUGGACUUCCCAUCAUCUCUUGCGGAGCUCUCCUACGAUUCGAACAUUUCUCAGUCUCCGCUUGCUCCAAACCUCGAAAGUCUGGAUCUCUCCAUCGAUCCCUUCCUCGAGAAGACAUGCGACUUACUUCUGGAGAGCAUUGAGAACCACCAAACCGAGCAGAACAAUGCUCAAUACUACCAAAGGUCUCUGGCAAGAGAACAGGCUAAGAUCCAGCAAUGGCAGCAGAAGCGAAAGCAAGAAAAUGCCCUUCGCACGCAGCAGAAGCAGACCCUAUUGCCUGAGGAUGAGUGGCAAAAGCUAUUCAAGUUGCCGCAAGAGCCAUCCCGCCUCGAAUCACUCUUGGUUGGCCGUCAAGUUGAGCAAUACGCCAGGCAGGUGGAUGGCUUCUCAGCUGUUGUAAGUGGAAAGAUGUUCGGGGUCAAGGGUAAUUUGCUACCAGGCGAAACUGCUUGAGGUCCUUGACCACCUUCGCGAUCGAACUGGCAGGGACAUGAGUGUGCAUAGCGUGGCGUUCAAGGUUAAGAGGAUGCACUGGAAAAGCCGGAAGGCAAGACGUACGGCGUCUUGCGGAUUUGUGGCCAGCAGAGCCAUGAUUUGCAUUUGGAAUGAAAGUGAGGCGAGGAACGAUGAUAUCCGAAGUGACUUCUGACCGCACAGGACUUCAACAGAAGCCCCUAUUCUGAUAACCAUCCAACGGAUUGAAGAGCGGCAAUGCUAGCCCGUGCUCUCCAGCGUGCUGCAUAGAUUUCGUAGCAGGUCGACAUACAAUUGAGCAUCGAUGUGUCUUCUUACUAGG